UCAAAAAAUUCGACCGUUAGAGAUCCCUAACGUUAAACUCCUCCACUCCACCGACUCUCCCACAGACAUAGAGACAUUCUUCCUGUUAUCCUUCUCUCUCCUUCACCACUGAAAAGGUUUCCAAUUCUCAGACCCAAAACUCCAGAGGGAUUAUUAAUCCGACAGCGUUUACUGUAUUUUAUCUCGAUUUCUCAGAUAUCCGAUUCGUUUGGUGAAGUGAUUUCUCGAUGGCGGUAGCCGAGGAAUCGUCGGACGACAGUGGAAUCAUGAUCGAUGGGACUUACGAGUUCUCGGCGCCUCGGUUCUUUGACUUCGUUAAAGGAGAGACGGACGAGGAUAAGCGUAAAGCAGAGCUCUGGUUCGACAACGGCCUAAGCUACGCGCCUUCACCUUUUAUGCCUAGAAUCAAGACAGCUAGAUCAGUUAAGGUUGAUACGUUGUGUGACUUUAGCGAAGCAGACCAAAUGCAGAAGGGAACAGAAUCAUCAUAUGCAGCAGUAACUGAUUAUCCCUUGGAGAUUAAGCUUCAAUCCAAUGACAAAACCACUGAAAGUAAGGGAGAAAAGGUAAUCCAGAGUGAGCCAGAGGAAGAAAACGAGAAAAAUCUUGUCGAGAUUUCUGCCGUCAAGGAGGCUGCAUGUGGAGGAGCAUUUGGAGGACAAUGUAAAGGGGAGGAUCCAGAAAGUGGAAGUGGUUCCAAGGACAAAACCACUGAAAGUAAGGGAGGACAGGUGAUCCAGAGUGAGCCAAAGGUAGAAAACGAGAAAAAUCUUGUCAUCGAGAUUUCUUCCGUUAAGGAGGCCACAUGUGGAGGAGAAUGUAAAGGGGACGCAGCAUGCCAUCCAGAAAGUGGAAGUGGUUCCAUUGGAAGAUCUUCUUCCACUAAUGAAAAGAUAAAUUCAGUAGGUCGAGUGGGAGCUGAAGCUUGCACCCCUAGACCAACAAUGACUUCUCGAAACGGAGAACUUCAAGUCACUGAUUCUAAGAAGCACCAGACAGCUAGAAAGAUAGCUAGUUUGGUUCAGAAUCCAUCUGCAUUCAAGCCGAAAACUCAGCUGCAGUCUAAAGUUAAGAGUGCAAAACCAUCCAGUGUGACAAGAGGCACAAAUGUGAAGAAAAGUACUGGGACUCCUAGUUUGUUAGCUCAAGAUAACCAGGCUAUUAAGCGGCAGAAGCUGGAAGGAGGUAGAUCUAGACAGAUCCUUACUGUUAAACCGCCCCCAAAUUUGCCCCACAAAUCAAAAGCGGGUCUUACAAGUAGCAGUUCAGGUUUAUGCUAUGCUGUUGGUAAUAAAAUAAACAAAGAGGACAGAAAGGUUUAUGUUCAGGAACCAGUUGCACCAUUUGUUUCCAUGGCAGAAAUGAUGAAAAAGUUUCAAUCAAGUACAAGAGACCUGUCAUUGCCAUACACAAAUCGCUCUCUUUCACAUGAUGAUAAAGGUUCUGUCAUCCAGAGCAAUCCUACUCUCUCUUUGACAAGACCUAAAGAACCUGAAUUUGAAACAGCUCAGCGUAUCCGUCUAGUAAAGGUAAAAAGCAGUGCAGAGCUGGAAGAAGAGAUGAUGGCUAAAAUCCCCAAGUUUAAAGCUCGACCAUUAAACAAGAAGAUUCUAGAAGAGCCAACCUUACCAGUAUUACCAAGAAGUACACCACAGCCUCCACAAUUUCAGGAAUUCCAUUUCAUGAGAAUGGCAAGGGCGAAAGACAAUGAAGAGACAGCUUCUGUAGCCUCAUCAAUACUGUCUCGUCAGACUACUACUAAUCAAUGGAAACAUCAUCUAACGUAUCCGAAAACUCCAGUUCUUCAAACAUCACUGAGGGCCCGUACUCCCAAGGUGAAAAGUUCUUUUGAACUUGAGCAAGAGGAACUUGAAAAGGUUCCAAAGUUUAAGGCAAGGCCUUUGAAUAAGAAGAUAUUUGAAAGCAAAGGGGAGCUGGGAAUUUUCUGCAAUGCGAAAAAACACGUAACAAAACCUCAAGAAUUUCAUUUUGCCACGAAUGAGAGGAUUCCACCAGCCACUGCAGUUAUUGAUCUGUUUGAUAAGCUAUCGUUGAAUUCUGAACCUUGCCAUGACAAACCAUUGCCUAGAAAUACAACACCCAAUCCAUUCCAUCUCCACACAGAGGAAAGAGGCGUUCAGAAAGAGAGGAAAUAUGUGACCGAAAUUAUGCAGAAACAGUUGGAAGAUGAAAGAGCAAGGAUUCCUAGGGCUAAACCUUAUCCUUAUACCACCGACUAUCCUGUGAUUCCACCAAAACCUGAGCCCAAGCAAUGCACAAAACCGGAGCCUUUCCAGCUGGAGAGUCUGGUUAGGCAUGAGGAGGAAAUGCAAAAGGAAGCAGAAGAAAGGAGGAGGAAGGAGGAAGAAGAGGCCAAAUUGAGGAUAUUUAAGGCACAGCCUGUCCUUAAAGAGGACCCCAUCCCUUUGCCUGAAAAAGUGCGCAAGCCUCUUACACAAGUACACAAAAUUAAUCUCCAUGUAGACCACAGGGCUGUGGAUAGAGCAGAAUUCGAUCACAAGAUCAAGGAGAAGGAGAUGAUAUAUAAGAGAUACAGAGAAGAGAGUGAAGCUGCAAAGAUGAUUGAGGAAGAGAAGGCAUGGAAACAGUUGAGAAGGACAAUGGUUCCACAUGCAAGGCCCAUGCCUAGUUUUGAUAAUCCAUUCUGUCCACAGAAGGCUUGCAAAGAACCAACAAAGCCUAAGUCACCAAAAUUGCGUGUCACGAAAAGGAAAGAAAGGCGAAGAGUAAUCAGCACUCUCACUCCAGUUUCUAGCUCUGCUUCAAAUAUGAGGUGAUGAUUGGUGGCUGGAGUAGUGUUCAAGUUCAAGAACUCUCUUCUUGAACGGUUGAACCCCCUGUAGAAAUCUUAUGUAAUGUACUCCAUUUAACAUAGUUUCAGCAUAUAUGUGACAGUAGUGCCCAACACAUCAUGUAAAGUUCUAGGUUAAAGUGACAAUGCAGUUUGACUGCAGUGUAGUAAGAUUCUACAUUCUUCUUUAAACAUGCAACGAUGUUGAAUUCCUGGGGAGC